AGUUCAUGAAAGUAAUCAUUAGGUGCAGCCCAACCAUAUAAUCGUACAUUUCUGUUUCUGUGAUUUAUCUGUUUCUGUGACCUUAUUGGAUGCUGGAUGUGCUGUAUUCAGCUUUUCAGACUGCUGUAGGUCACAGGCUGUAGAUGCCCUAAUUGUCCUCUGUACCUUUAAGGGACCCACGUACCUUUUUCAUCCAGCACCAUCUGUGUUAUAUGAACCAACAUCAAUUUAGGGGGACCUUCAUCCCCAGAGUGGAGCAGAUGAGGAGGGGCUCGCGCUGAAGCUCUCUCUCUGCAGCAUAUAUUCACUUAGAGGGAACAAAAGCAGUGUACAGAAUAUUAAAAUGGUUCUUCUGUAAUUCAAUACAUCUUUUUAAACUUACAUUUUCAUUGAUCAUAAUUUAGAGAUGUGUGUUUUUGCAGUCCGGCUGUUUUUGGGAGUCCUUUUCUGUGCACCGCGCUCACAGUGCUUGGUGUGUCCUUUUGGCUGUGAGUGCUUUGCUGUCAGUCACACAGUGAAAUGUGUUUCUAAAGAUCUGCUCACGGUGCCACAAAGUAUUCCAGGAUAUGCAAAGACCGUCAUCAUCGCAGGGAAUAAUAUUCUCCACAUCGGACCUGAUUCCUUUGUAGAGCUGGAGAAUGUCAGCAACAUCAUUUUGAGCAAUAAUAGGAUUACAGAGAUGGCGUCCCACAGCUUCUCUUCCCUCAGCAACCUGCGCUUCCUGGACCUCAGUGGGAACCAUCUGGCCCUCAUCCACCCAGAAGCCCUCAGCAUACCCGGCAGCCCCCUUCAGGAGCUCAACCUGAGCCACUCGCUGAGCAACUUCACCGCUCUGACGGACCUCAUCACGGCUCUGCGCUGGGGGGGCCUCGGGGGGCUCCUCCGCCUCGACCUCUCUGGGAACCACCUCGCCCUGCUGCCCCCGGGGAUGUUCUCACACCUUCCCAACCUGCAGCACCUCUUCCUCACCAACAACUCCCUUAAGGCCGUCUACAGUGGAACCUUCUCUGGUAUGAACCACCUGCAGGUGCUGGACCUCACACACAACGCCUUCACGACGGUCAGUGCUGAUGCUCUUGAGGAGCUGGAGAUGCUCGGCAACAUCCGAAUCCUCCUUGGAGACAACCCUUACACCUGCUCCUGUGAGAUCAGUCAUUUUGUUGCCUGGCUGAAUGAAUCCAGAGCCCAGGUGGAUGUGGAUGCUGUGAGGUGUGCCUCACCGGGGGGGUUAAGUGACACCCUGCUGCUAGGGCUCGGUGUCCACGCCCUUGGAUGUGUGGUUCCUGUCCAAGAAGAGGCGGACGAUCUCACCCUGCAGACAUCCUACGUCCUGCUGGGGCUGGUGCUCGGUUUAGUAGGCAUGGUCUUUCUCUUCGUGCUCUAUCUGAAUCGGAAAGGUAUGAAGACGUGGAUCAUUGAGAUGAGAGAAGCAUGUCGGGAUGUGUUGGAGGGAUACCACUACCAAUUUGAGCUGGACUCGGACCCUCGACUGGGGCAGAUCUCUAAAGAUGGCGGAAGCGGGGUACGAGGGCAUUCAGGAUUAGAUACGUCUCAGCAGCUGCCAAGUGACACCUAUAUUGUCCAGCUUCCUACAGACACUCAGGUUAAACAGCUGACGACCUCUCCACAUGUGAAACUAUGAUCGUUUAAUGAAGCUAGAGACUCAUUUGACAGUGAGUGAUGUAGAUGUGAAUAGUCAAUGCCAGUACAUUUACAGUUGAGGUAUUUAGGAUUCCUACUGCAUUAGAAAAAAAAGUGCCUUUGUGUUUUCUCAAGGCACACAUUUCUGUAAAUCGACCUACAUCUUGUGUGUUUAUUAUACCUUUUAUAAAAACAUAGGCUAAAUAACAGACUAUUAAAGAACACAAGAUUCACAGAAAAUACAAACAUAUACAAAAUAAACCCUAACAAAAUAAUAAAUAAAUAAAUAAAGGGGCCGAAGGACUUCAAAAAUAAAGGGCACACAUUAAAACAAUAUAAUCAAAGUUUAGCUGUCUAGA